CCACCUGCCAAAUCCUUUCAACUCCAAACCAUUCUGUAUAUAUGUAAUCUUAUACAAUUACAACAUUUAUGUUACAGUCUUCCUUUUGUUCUCAUAAAGAUACAUCUAGAAAUCUUAUAAAAGAAAAGCUGAGACAGAGUUGGGGAUCAUAGGAUUAGUCAUUAGUGUGAAAAAAUUCUUGGUAAGAAGGAAGGUGAGAUGGUGAAAUUGAGAGAAACAGAAGUGAUCCUGAGAGUAUGUAUCGUCUUUCUUCUUCUCCUCACUGCUUGUUUGAUCGGUAUGGAUUCUCAAACCAAAGAGAUUGCUUAUAUCCACAAGAAAGUGAGUUUCAAAUAUUUGGUUGCUCUCGAGGCUGAAUUAUACAUAGAUGUUGUGGUUGCUGCGUAUAAUUUGGCUCAGUUAGGACUCCAUUGGCACAGUGUUGAACAAAAGACUUCCAAUACCAAAUGGUUCUCUUACCUCUUGGAUCAGACGGCGGCCUACGUGGUUUUCGCCGGGACAUCUGCCGCGGCGCAACACUCAUUGCUGGUGGUAACGGGUUCAAAAGAGCUUCAAUGGAUGAAGUGGUGCUACAAGUUCACAAGGUUCUGCUUUCAGGUGGGAAGUGCCAUCAUCUUAAACUACAUCGCGGCAGGCCUUAUGGUCCUCCUCUCUUUCAUCUCCGCCUUCAACCUCUUCCGCCUCUAUUCCCCUAAGCGUUUUUUUCGCUUAAAGUCCUCCUCCUAAUUAAAUUAACUACUGUGUUAAUCAUUUUCUUAAUCCGGAAUAAUGUUGAUCAAUGUGAAGAAAAAAUGCUGAUUAAAUUAUUGAUUCAACUCUUAAUCUCAAUUUUUGUAUUUUCCAUUAUGCAUGUCCAAUAAGUAUCACCAGUCUAUUGCUUGAGAAAAUAGGUUUGUGCGGUGUACGUAUCUUAAGUCUUAACUUACUUUUAUCAGUUGGGUACUAAAAGUAAUAAAUUUCCCACCA